AUGCCAGGGACCCAUCUUCUCCCACCAAAUCUCCUCAAGCUAUUCGCACCACGUCCACCGCUCCAUUACCUUCGGCCAAUUGGCAAGGACAUUGACCAAGUGAAAAAAAAGGAUGUUCAUGGCGUUGCUGAGAUUAUGCAGCGACUUAGAGACGACGCAACUGAAAAUCUUGCUAAUGGCGAACAGAUGGAAGAAGGCGAAGAACCUGUCUACACACUUGCAGAAGAAGUGAAGAGACAGAUUCGGAGAGAGGAACGUCAGAAGCGCAAGGAGGAAGAGUUUAAUAACUCGAAGGAAACAUAUAAACCGUCUGAUGAUCCAGAAGCGAUUGGGGAUCCCUAUAAAACCCUUUUCAUAUCACAUUUGCACAAGAACGCAACCGAAACGGACUUGAGGCGGGAAUUUGAAGGAUAUGGGACCAUUGAGCGGGUAAGGGUUGUCCGUGACAAAAAAGGUCGCAGUCGAGGAUACGCUUUUAUCGUAUAUGAGCGGGAACGAGACAUGAAAGCUGCAUACAAGGAUUCUGAUGGUCUUGUCAUCAUGGGAAGAAGGAUAUUAGUCGAUGUCGAGCGUGGUAGAACUGUUCGUGGCUGGAAACCACGCCGUCUGGGAGGUGGUCUUGGUGGACGACCCAAGCGAGUAGAACCUGUGAUAGUUCCUCCCCGAACUGGGGGAUUUCGAGGUGGAUUUGGUGGAAGAGGCUUUGGUGAAAGAGGAUUUGGCGAACGAGGUGGGUUUAGAGGUGGUCGCGGUGGAGGGUUUAGAGGCGGCGGUGGUGGCGGCGGAUUCCGUGGGGGAUACGGUGGCGGCGGCGGCGGCGGAGGAGGUGGUGGAGGUGGUGGAGGUAUGGACGGUGGAUUUCGCAACAGCGAUAACGGCUACAGAGGUCGCGAUUUUGGAGGCGGUGGUGGUUUCAGGGGAGGACGUGGUGGUGGAAUCGGUUACAACGGUGGAUUCAACGACCAUCCGCCGAACGGAUACGGUCCACCCGGGGGUGCCCAGGGUGGUUACGGUGGUCCUCCUGGUGGUGGCUAUCGCCAGGAUCUUAAAAGACAUGAUGGCCCUGGAGGAUACGACGACAGAGACUCAAAACGAGCACGGUACUAG